AUGUCAGAGACGUCGUUGAGACAGGUGGAACCGCUUGUUGAUGCUCACGUGUGUAUGGUUAUCUAUAGGAUGCGGGAGGAGAUGGGGGAAAGGGUUGUUGCGGAUAUAUUCAAGUGGUGGCUCUUCAUAGCUACGAUUAGCGUUGGAGAGUUGAGUUUCGGGCAGUCUUUUAUGAUGCUUGAGCUCGGGAAGUCCCCCCCCUUCUUCCGCAAGGCGUAUCAGGCCGGCCAGCGCAUAGUCAACUACGCCCAGCAAUCCUUCCAGCGCUACAAAUCACUCGUCGCUGUCGCUGCCGCCGACAUCAGCAGCAAUGAUGGCAGUACGCAAACCAACCCACCGAAAAUAACCUUCAUAACCAAACUGCUCAACGCCAAAUAG